AUGCAUUCCAGCGAUAACUAUAUUCCGGAAUCGUCACUGAAAGAUCACACCUCGGAGGGUCUGAUCUGGAAGGCUGGCUGCGACGUGCCAGGAGAAGGUUCCCCGUAUCAUUCUGAACUGCCCCGGGCGGAAGGAAAGCGAAGACUGCUCCUCAUAUACAUCCAUGGCUUCUUGGGGUCAGAGGACAGCUUCCAUAACUUUCCCAGGAACGUCCAUAAUCUCCUAACGGCCUCGUUGGCCGAGACCCAUAUUGUAUACACGAAAAUAUAUCCUCGCUACAAGACCCGUGGCCCUUUGCACAUCGCCCGCGAUAACAUCAGCCGGUGGCUAUCACCUCACGAGGCGUCCGACUUGGAUGUCAUACUCCUCGGCCACAGUCUAGGAGGUCUUGUCGCUGCAGAGGUUGCCCUCAUGGCGUCGUCCAGCACCACUAGUCAUAUUGUCGGCAGGAACCUGAAUCAUCGAGUUAUAGGCUUGGUGAACUUCGAUGCUCCGUUCCUUGGACUACACCCUUGCGUCCUUAGAACGGGAAUCGGCAGACUAUUUAGUCGGAAAGCAGAUACCAACAACCAAGGCAAAGAAACCACUCAAGAUGACACACUCAGCCUAAAUGAUAAUGAUCCGAACUUCAACCCCACCUGGACAAAUGACGUUAACAAGCCUCGCUGGAAAGGCUGGAAUGGAGCACUCCAUUUUGUUGCGAAGCAUUCUCAUCAUUUAUCACGUUCUGCUCUUCAGUAUGUGUUCUCAUACUAUGACCAUGCCGGAUGUCUGAACAAUUACCUUGGACUCCUCAAGAGACACAAGAGACUUUGCCGCCUGGAGGCGGUAGAUGAAUCAUCUGGCUCGAGUGGCAGACGAGUCAGAUUCGUUAAUUAUUACACGACUGCGUACCGAACCAGCGAAAAGCUGGACAGAUAUGAUGACACCAAGACGAUAUCAUGCCAGGAUAAGCAGCUCCCUGCACACGAGGUUACGGAGCUGCAUGAGGAACACAUACCAAGUCACUUAUCUACGUCAGAUCAACCAAAAAAGGGACCAGAGGACAGCUCGUCCUACUCAUUUCUAGAUCGUUUCGCGAGGGUGGACAGCCAAAACCCCAGUGCAAACCGAUGCAAUUCGGAUCCUCUUGAAAACAAAAACAAUGAUUCUGAUUCGCGACCACUGGGACGCAAGUUCUGUUAUGUUCCAAAAGAGGCCCGCAGAAAGCAGCUCUGGGUCCCGCUGUAUAUGGAGGAGAUGGACGAAAUUAACGCUCACCAAUCCAUGUUUCUUCCCCUUGGCAUGUAUUACGACCAGCUAGUUGGGGAUACUGCAGCGCGAAUUGAAAGCUGGCUGGGACAUGUAUAG